AUGGCCUUGGUUCUCGGGACCUGCAGUCCUGAAAACGUCAAGCGAAUUGCAUCAGCAUUUCCCAGCAUCGAAUUACUCGACACUCUGAUCCAAUUUUUCUUGACCUCACCAUCCUUGGACGCACAAUCCUGGUUUCACCUACCCACGUUCUCUCCCUCCAAAAUUAAUCCUGAAGUGCUAGCAGCCAUUGUUGCAGCUGGCGCUGUCUCGACACCUGAUGUGCCUUUGCGAAAGCUGGGGUUCGCUUUGCACGAGGCCUCGCGAAUUGGCCAAGCAAAAGCAUUUGAGGCAGACAACUCGGCAAUCAGGGACCUUCAGCAUCUUCAAAACUUGCUCCUCGAGCUGCAGAUCGGCAUGUGGAGCGGUAUCAGUCGCAAGAUGGAGAUCGCUGAAAGCUUUCUCCAGCCAUUGAUGACCAUGCUUCGACGUGGAAGUCGAUUUCGCCGCUCUACAUGGAGGCAGAUCACUCCUCCUACUGAUGAUAGCAGUACUUCGCUAGAGAAUCAGUGGCAAGAAUGGGUCGAUCAGGAAUCUUACCUGCGUCUAGCCUACCGCGCAUUCGAGCUCGAUAGACAGUCAUCGAUGGCUCUCCUAAAACCUCCACUGAUAUCAUACUCAGAGAUGCAGUUGCCUCUUACAAGCCCCAACAUCUUAUGGCAAGCUAAGUCAGCGUCUGCAUGGAGGCAGGCAUACCUGAGUAUGCCACAUGAGGCCACCAAUCGCCCCUCCGCACUCGAGGUGUUCUUGGAUCUUGAGCAACUCGCGCGUUACGACAGUGCUAGCACAACAUAUCUCCACAUGAUAUGGGGCAUGGUCUGGGAAUACAGACAGAUGAGUACUCUUGCUGCCAAGUCUCAUGCGAAAGCGAGUAAUAAUCUGAUCUUGUCAUCCCGCUACCAGGAGCUUGUCAAACAACUAGAAGACUUCCGUGUCAGCAGUCCUCCAUUGAGUCCGGGCAACGAAAUCACGUUCGAGUUGAUGCUUCUGCACUUAAAUGCUCCGCUGGACGAGGUGCAGCUAUUUGCAGGUCUGGAGGGUCAAGAGGAAGCGCGGGCUGCUUAUCCAGCUCUGCGUGAUUGGAUCAAAAGUGUGCCAGCACGCCAGGCAUUGUGGCACGCCGGCCAGAUUUUACGUGCUGCAGAGAAUCUACCAAGACCGCUGCUCCGCAACUUUAACGCAAUUGCAGUGUAUCAUGCUGGACUGAUUCUCUGGGGCUAUGGGUUCCUCAAGCGAUCCGUCUCUACUGAACACCUCGAAUGGACAGCAUCUCAGACCAGUGUUGACGAGAUUCGUCUCGUUCCUCAGCCCUCAGCAGAUCCCGCAGACCCAUUGAAUCUGCCACUCUGGCGCAAGUUGGCCAUGCUAGCGGUGAUGUCUAUUCAUCCCUUCAUCGUCAACUUUGCAAGCUCUUCCAUCGGAAGUGCGCUGCCCAUAUACGCGUCGACGCCGAUUUUUGGCCUCCCACCAAAGCCAUUCUCGGAGCUCACAUACCUCAUUGCCGUCAACCUGAUCAUGCUCGGCGCGUCUAAUCUGUGGUGGGUGCCGUUGGCUAAUACCUUCGGCCGUCGUCCAGUUACUCUUGUCAGCCUGUUAUUGCUCAUAUUUUCGAGCAUGUGGGCUGGCCUAGCAAAGACAUUUAGCAGUCUCCUUGCGGCUCGGCUUUUCAUGGGCAUUGGCGGCGGACCAGCAGAUGCGGUGUCACCCGAUGUUGUUGGCGAGAUCUUCUUUGUUCACCAGCGGGGACGUGCCAUGGCCAUCUAUACUGUCUUCCUUUCGCUCGGUUCUCUCUUCGGAGGCACCUGCGGUAGCUAUAUCGUUGCUGCUGGUGGGAUUCCUUGGGUCCAUUGGGUCAAUGUUAUCCUCUCCGCCGUCACGUUCGUUCUUUGCUUUUUCCUCCAAGCAGAGACGCUCUACAUCCGGCCCCAAACAACCGUACAGCUCGCUAGCGAUUCGAACAAGGCCGAUGUUGAGACGAAGGAAUCCGUCAUCGUUGCCGAUUCGUCGGUCCCAACGACUUCAUACCCCCCUUACACCUACAUGCGGUCGCUCCGGCUAGUAACAUACCACCCGGGAAUCGUACAGAAAUUCAUUGCGCCCUACAAGACCAUGAGACUUCCCGGCGUCUGGCUUGUGUCGCUCUGGUAUGCGGGUCUCGUGGGCUUGAUCGUAACGCUGAGCACGAUCGGCACACAACUUGUCGCUGUCCCGCCGUAUCUCUGGGGCAAGAAUGUGGGACUGAUCAAUGUGGGGGGUCUCAUCGGUGCGCUUCUAGGCGGUGUCUACACAUACUUGUCAGCGGAUUGGAUGACCAAGCGUCUCGCGAAGAAAGACACCCGUGGUCUCUCAGAGCCCGAGUCGCGUCUCGUCACGGCGCUUCCGUCUCUCUUUAUCGCCACCGGCGGAUCAUUCAUCUUCGGCUUCGUGGCACAGAACCCCUCGCCAAAAGGUUGGGUAGGCCUGCAAAUCGGUCUUGCCAUGGUGUCUUUCGGGCUCAUGCAAGCACCGUCUGUUGGCUUCAACUACCUCAUAGAGUCAUAUAAUAGCAUCGCAGGAGACUGCUUUGUCGCAGUCACUUGCGUUAGGGCUAUCAUCUCGUUUGCGUGGACUUUCUUCGUGGGUACUUGGGUCCACGAUGCUGGAGCUGCUGAGCCUUUUGGUAUCUUUGGUCUGUUGAUGGGUGUGUUUGGUUUGCUGACUAUUCCGAUGCUUAUCUGGGGUAAGAGACUCCGCAUUUGGACGGCCAAGUGGGUGCCAGACAGAUCUGCGAUGUGA